AUGGAAAAACGAAGCAUGAUACGGAUCUCCAAAGUCUUACGAGACUUUGGCGGUAUGAUACCGUUGGGGUCCCAGAACUUCGAGCGGCGAUAUCCGUCACUUCUCCAGAUUCCUGUUUUUUUCAAGCCCUUGGAGCGAACCCCUGUCACCCGUCGCUCCCAGUUGUUGCGGUCCUAUCUGGCGGAGGAGAUGGUCAACGGCGCAGCCACAAGUCCCCUGAGAAGUCAACUAAGGCACAGUGCGCAGCCCGUCUCCUUUGGCUUUCCGACUUUUCAUUCGCCUUGCAUCUUGCAUUUUCUCAUUUUCUCGUAUACCGCACAGGCCGUCUUGGCCAUCUCACCCCCGAAUUUGGUAAUCAAUCUCUCCUUGUUCUCCGUCCCCGACUCCCUCUCCCUCUCCCUCUCGUUCCAAGGAGUCAAAAGUGACAAACGCAACACUGAAAAGGCACCGUUACACGCGUCAGCUACCCCUGCCUUCAAGGGUAUCGCAUGA